AUGUCAUCGACUUCCUUCCCCCCAAUCUCUUUCUCACUGCAACGUGUUCCGCCACAACCACGCUCCUCCUUCUCGACUGGCUCUAUUCUUAAAACCCAUUUCCCUUUGUUCCCUCCAUUCUCUCCCUCCUCUCGAGUCCUCUCCCCGACCACCUGCGCAAUGGAGCUGUGCGGCCGCCAGAAGGUCGUCCAGCGCAAGAUGGUCCUGCUAGGCGACGGUGCCUGUGGCAAGACUUCCGCGUUGAACGUGUUCACAAGAGGGUGCGCAACUCCCUCCCUCCCUGUCCCCGAGUCCCCCUCCUCUCCUCCACGUCUCCGAGUUGAAACGGGACACCCAAUGCUAACAGGACUCCAGGUUUUUCCCUACUGUCUAAGAAUUAUGUUCACGGUAGAUUUGCCUUCCCGUUCUCGUCUUCGAACCGAAUCCAUACUCAUGCGCGUAGAUAUCUUCGUCGAUAAUGUACAUAUGGAACUCUCACUAUGGGAUACAGCCGGACAGGAGGAAUUCGACCGGUUGCGCGCGCUGUCUUACGAGGACACCCAUGUGCUUAUGCUCUGUUUCAGUGUCGACAGCCCCGACUCGUUCGAGAACGUCGGGUCGAAAUGGAUUGCAGAGAUCAACGAGAACUGUCCUGGGGUGCGCGUGGUGCUCACAGCGCUCAAGUGUGAUUUGCGCAAGGACGAGGAAAUGAACGAUAACCCCGACGCGAUUACAUUCGAGCAGGGGCUGGCCAAGGCGAAGGAGAUUGGUGCUGUCAAGUACCUGGUGGCCAAAGAAUGCUCCGCUGUCCAGAACCGCGGUAUCAGAGAGAGUUUCUACGAAGCGGCCAAGGUUGCCCUUGAGGUCAAGCCCGCCGGGGGCUCAGGCUCUAGUGGAGGGUGUAUCAUUCUUUGA